AUGACCCUGGAUCUCAAGCAGUCCAUCACGGGGAUAUUUAAGUUCUCAAAGCCAACGGUACAGGUGUACACUAUGCACACAAGACAUGAAAAAUCGCUCUAUAGCCUUUACCAGACUGUUGAGUUAGUAAGCAGCGAUAAAGGUCGGCAUGGUACACAAGCGUUGCCGACGCGCCCGCUGGAUGCGCAGGAGUGGUUCCACGGUGCCAUCCCGCGGCAGGAGGCCCAGCGGCUGGUGAGCUCCGAGGGGGACUUCCUGGUGCGCGAGAGCCACGGCAAGCCGGGCGAGUACGUGCUCUCCGCCAUGGCGGGGGGCCAGUGCCGCCACUUCAUCAUACAGAAUACCGACAACCUGUUCAAGUUUGAGGGCGACGGCUACGCAUCCAUCGUGCAGCUCAUCGAGCACCACGUUUCCUCAAAGCAGGUGGUCACUAAGAAGUCACGUGUCGUGCUCGUGCGGCCCAUCGGCAAGGACAAAUGGAUUUUAAAUCAUGACGACAUUGUCCUCCAGGAGAAGCUUGGACGGGGAAACUUCGGGGAGGUUUACAAGGGCCUGCUCAAGCCGGAGAACGUGAGCGUGGCCGUGAAGACAUGCCGGGACAACCUGCACGACAUGAAACACAAGUUUCUCAUGGAAGCCGGUGGGAUUCUCAAGCAGUAUGACCACCCCAACAUCGUCCGCCUCAUCGGAGUGUGCACGCAGAAACACCCUGUCUACAUCGUCAUGGAGCUUGUGCAAGGUGGUGACUUCCUGUCAUUCCUGCGGAAGGACACUUCACGUGUCCUCACACAGCAGCAGCUCGUGAAGAUGAUGGAGCAGGCGGCAGCUGGCAUGACAUACCUGGAGGGGAAGAACUGCAUACAUCGUGACCUGGCAGCGCGGAACUGCCUGGUGGGGGAUGCGAUGUCACUGAAGAUCAGCGACUUCGGCAUGUCGCGCGAGGAGGAGGACGGGGUCUACUCGGCCUCCGGGAGCCUACGGCAGGUCCCCAUCAAGUGGACGGCACCCGAGGCCCUCAACUUCGGCACAUUCUCCACGUGUAGCGACGUGUGGAGUUUCGGCGUGCUGCUGUGGGAGACGUUCAGCCUGGGCAGCAUGCCCUACCCCGGCAUGACUAACCAAGAGGCUCGCGAGCAGGUGGAACGCGGCUACCGGCUGGAGGCCCCAGAGAAAUGCCCGCGGGAGGUUCACCAACUCAUGCUGCGCUGCUGGCAGUACGAGCCCAAGCAGCGGCCUCGCUUUUCCGACCUUCAGCGCGAGCUCUCCUCCCUCAGCAAAAAACACUUUGCGUGA